AACAAAAGUAGUGCUGGGUUUUUAUGGGUUAAUAAGCCUCUGAUUAUGACAUAAAGACGAGGAGGAGGUGAAAAUCUAAUCCCAUCCUAAACUGUAAAUGACCUUAUUGUUAAUAAAUGUGGUUUUGAUUUUGACAGAAUGUGGGAACUGGCUGGUUUCAGUGGUUUUGUAGGUUCUUCCACUCUAUUAUUUCCUGUCUUUAACAUUUCCUGGUGUUGCCGCUGGCUAGUUAACGUGUAGCUCAGAUAACAUUUAGGGUGGAGUCUUUACAGGGAGAGAACCAUUGUCAAAAGUAAUGCCCUCUUUCCUAGACAACACACGGCUUAGUGCACCUGUUACCUGUUUACCAUUAGAGGAUCUGUGUUGUUUUUUUGUUAUUUUUAUCAAACUGUGAACAGAAGUAGAGCAGGACUGACACUGAAGCCAGGGUGAGAUAUGGCGUCUACCAUCAGUCUCCUCCCUGAGAAGCACUUUUUGUGCUCCCUGUGCAGAGACAUCUUCACUAACCCGGUGACCAUACCAUGUGGACACAGCUUCUGCUUGUCCUGUCUCUCCCACUACUGGUCUCGACAUCAGUCCCGAUACUGUCCCCACUGUAAGAGGGUAUUUACCGACAGGCCUGACCUCAGCAUCAACCGCAUCCUGGCAGACGUCUCAGACAAUUACAGGAAGAAUCGACCACAGAAAACACCUGAGGAGGAGCCGGUUAUAGAUGUUGAGCAAAUGGUUCAGGAGAGACUGCAGAAGAUAGAGAGGUUAAAAAACUCCCUGGAGCUCCAAAAGAACUCUUACCUCAGAGAGGUUCGGGAGAGCCAAAAAAUCUUCUCUGCCCUCGUAAGUGCCAUGGAGAAGAGCCACAGGGCGGUUAUUUCAGCAAUCGAAGAGAGACAGAGAGAAGAGGAGAAGAAAGUAGAAAGACUCGUUAAAGAGCUUGAGCAGGAGAUCCAGGAGCUGAGGAAGGAGACGACAGAAACCGAGCCUCUGAUUCCAGCAAACGGUGAUCAAAGUGAAGACGCAAAGCAGGUUACAUUGAACAUAAUUUCCACUGUGAGCCCCGCUGAGAUGAAAGACUGGUCCAGGGUUACCAUAGAAACGGACCCUUGUAUCGGGGUAACCAGAAGAGCACUGUCAGAUGUGAUGGAGAAGAUAAAGGCAGAAGUCAACAGGCUCUCCAAAUCUGAACUGAAAAGAAUAGAGAAAUACACAGUGGAUAUCAGUCUCAGCGCUAAGACAGCCCACCCCUUCCUGUCUGUGUCAGAUGAUAGAAAACAGGUGAGACACACAGACAAGCUUCAGGAGGUCCCGGAUAACCCCAAGAGGUUCGACCGAGUGGCGAACGUGCUUGCCAAAGAAAACUUCAGCAAUGGCAGAUGCUACUGGGAGGUGGAGGUCGGAGACAAGAUGGAGUGGAACCUGGGUGUGGUCAGACAGUCCAUAAACAGGAAGGGCAAGUUUACUGUGUGUCCCGCCAACGGUUUUUGGACUUUAAGCCUCAGAGCUGGAGGUCAGUACAUAGCCAACAGCUCUCCUGUCACACCGCUGGCUCUAGAACAGAAACCCAAGAGGGUGGGGGUCUUCCUGGACUACACAGAAGGCAGGGUGUCCUUCUACUGUGUGGAGUCUGGAGCUCACAUUCACACCUUUACAGAUAACUUCACUGACAGACUUCAUCCGUUUUUUAGUCCUGGUCGGCUUCAUGGUGGCAAAAAUGCAGCUCCUCUUAUUAUCUCCUCUAGUUUUUGUAGUAUCUAAGGGUCUAUUACACCCCCAA